CGUCCUCCAGCGGUGACCGUGAAGCCCUACAACUGCAAACAAGCUCACGGAUAACGUCGUCAUGUUUUACCUCCAGCUCUAAACUUCAACAACGAUUACUACAAGCUGCAGGUUACAUCACAGUUUGUGGGUAAGAGGUCAUUUCAAACGCUGGACCAGGCAAGAUGAAUUUGGAGGAUUACUUCAAAAGGAUUGGGUUCCAUGGCUCUUAUGAUAAACCUGAUCUUGCGACACUGACAUUGAUCCACAAACAGCAUGUCAUGUCAAUUCCAUUUGAAAACCUCAGCAUUCACUGUGGUGAGAGGAACGUCAUGGACCUUGAGGUCAUUUUCAAUAAGAUAGUUAGGAACAACCGUGGGGGCUGGUGCCUUGAGAACAACUUCCUGUUUGGCUGGGUGCUGAGAGAAAUGGGCUAUGACACCACCACAUUGGGCGCCAGAGUUUUCAACAGUAUCAUCAAUAACUUUGUCCCCCAUGAAUCUCAUCUUAUCAACAAGGUGGUCAUCGAUGGAGAGGCUUACAUAACAGAUGUAAGCUUUGGGGUGUCUUCUCAAGUGCGUGGGCCCCUGGAGCUCAUCUCUGGAAAGGACCAACCUCAGGCAGCAGGUGUCUUUCGUCUGAUACACAAGGAGGAUGUCUGGGUGCUGGAGAAGACUGGUAGAAAGCCAAAGGUUCUCAAUCCAGACUUUGCCAUAUCAAGUCUGGUGAACAGGAAGGAAACGAAGAUGAUCUACUGCUUCACCUUGAUGCCCCGAGAAGCAAAAGAUUUCUUUGAUAAAAGCGACAUGCUUCAAACAGAUCCUAGUUCACUGUUCACCAAUAAGUCCAUCUGCUCAUUGCAGACACCUACAGGAUUCAGAGCUCUUGUUGGCUGGACCUACAGUGAGGUCACCUUCAAACCUGAGGAUGGUGUUGAUCUCUUAGACAUGAGGGACAUAUCAGAUGAUGAGAUAGAGCAAAUUCUGAGGGAAAAGUUCGGUAUAAAGCUGCAGAACAAACUGCAGCCUGUAAACAACAAAGCUUCUUACACUCUCUGAAAAGUAGAUCCUGUUGUUGUCCUUUGCAACUUUUGUUGCUUUCAUGCCUGAGCGGGUGGAACAGCUUGUUGAAGGAUCAUCUAAUUUAAACAUUAACAGUGCUUUGAGUGAUGAUUUCCAUGUGUUGUUGUAUCAAGGAGUUAGCAGACUGUUGGAGCCCUCUGGAUAUAUCUGGGAUCUGAGGGUGGUUGAAUGACAUGUCUUGGAUUUAUGAUUUUGGUAUAUGUGUGUAGAAGAGCAAACUAUCUAGAAUUGAUAGAAGGAGCAAAAUGCCUUUCUUAAAGAAAGUACAAACCUAAGAAAAAGUUAUUUUAUAUCUGAGAAAAUCUACAUCAUAAGCAAGGCUGUUUGCUGGUAUUAUACUGUUGUAAUACCAUUGCUGCUUGCUUUAGUUAAAGUUGUAUAUUUAGCAUUUUUAAAUACAUGCUGUAAGACCUAAUGAAUAGUAGGGAAAGCUAAGCCCCAGUUGGAGAGUUUAAUGCUAAUUUGUUAUCCUAGGGUAUUCUUGCAACUGUACUCAUAAAUAAUGCUACAAAAUUA